AUGAGACUAAUUAGUGAAUCGAAUAUCUUGAAACAGGAAUAUUGGACAAAUGAGAAGGAACAGUUUAGUCCAGUGUCUAUACUAGAUUGUCCAUUUGAAGAAGAAGAAGAGAUUUACAAGUCUCGUUUCAGAUCCACUUCCACUGUUGUUUCCUUCACGGAAGGAGGCAAAAACAAGCAUGGGCACAGAAGAUGGCAUUUAGAAAGUGUGGCUCCAGUGGUUUUAGAGAAAAGGUUCGCGUGCUUAGAGCUGGAGGAUGAACCACUCAACCAUUCUACAAAACAAUGUUCCCCCGUAGGAGUGAGUACUCAAAAUAACGUGCGUCCUGCAAACAAUCACUACAUCGAGGAGAAUGCACAUAAUCUUCUCAACUUCGUCAAAGGAUCAAAUCCAUGCAACAGUUUGAUGAUUAAGGCAGAGAACCUGCUGUUUGACUACUUCAAGCAGAGUAUUGGAGAAUGUGAAGACAUUGAUCACUCAAAAAAGCUUCACCUUUGCAAGGUAGCAGAGGAUUGGAUACAUGGGCAACCCCAAGAACUAUAUUUGGAUCGGGAAGAACAAGGAGGAAGGUGCGUCUACGUUAGGGAGAUGGACAAGUGUAAGGAGUGGAAAAACUAUGAUAAAGAAAAACAACAAUUGGGUCAUGACCUGGCAAACGAAGUCUUCACAAAUUUGGUUACUGAGUUAGUACUUGAUCUUAUGACAAGCUCUAGCCACUGA